AUGUCUGUAGCAAGAACUAAAUCACCGAUGUUGGUUGGAUUCAACAACAUUUGGAGAAAUCUUCCAGACAGUCUCCUGCUGCACAUUUUUUGUUUUCUUUCUCCGAAUGAAGUUGUCCUUGCUGGUGAAGUCUGUCGAAACUGGAAUCGCGUUUCUGAGGAUGAAUUGCUCUGGAAACACUUGCUUCAAAAGACUUUGCUCAACAGAGCAGGCGACAACAUUGAGCUUCCGGUUAAAUCAUCUUCUUGGUUUGAAGAAUAUAAAAGAAUCUACCAAACCACCCCUGUAGUGGAAGGCCAGGUACUGAAGGAACACACCGAUGAAGUUCUUCACGUGACUUUUUCACACGAUGGUCAACUUUUGGCAUCAAGUUCGAAAGAUUGCAGCGUGAUUCUCUGGCGGGUCUACGAUUUCCAUCGUGUUAAAAUGGUGGAAAAGAUAAACUUUGAAGAUCACAAUUGGGAGUAUGUUCAGUUUUGUGAAUUCAAUAAAACCAGCACUCUCCUUCUUGUAUCAGGGGUUAAUAAGAUGCGAGACUUGAGUUUUAGAGGUGAGUUCUUUUCAUUUACCUUUUUUAAAUUUUCCAUAAUACACUUUGUUUGCCCCAAUAAUAAAAAUAAUGAUAAUAAUAAUAGUAAUAAUAAUAAUAUCAUGAGAAUAAUAAUUGAUAAUGAUGAUGGUGACAGUGGUGGUGGUGAUGAUGAUGAUAAUGAUGAUGACGACGAUGAUGAUGAUGAUAAUGUUGACGACAAUGAUAAGACAACUUAUUCAAGGAACCCUUGAUAAAAAUAAUGACAAAAAUAAUAGUAAUAAUAAUAAUAUAAUGAGAAUAAAAUGAUAGUUAAUGAUGAUGGUGAUGGUGGUGAUAAUGAUGAUCAUGAUGAUGAUGAUGAUGAUGAUGAUGACGAAGGUGAUAAGACAACUUAUCAAGGAACCCUUAGUUUACACUGCCAACUCUCUUUAAGACGGACACGUUUGGGACCAGCAGUAAGUGUCCAGCUUAGAGAGAUGUCCAUUUUAUAGAGAGUCACAUCAAGGGUGCAAAGAAAGACAGGGACCAAAUCUAGGUGUUCAUCUUAUAAAGGUGUCGGUUAAGAGAGAGCCAACUGUACACUGCUUGGAUCAUGAUAAAGGUUUUGAUAGUCUGAGAUCUCAGGUCAAUACAGUUCACUUUGUUUCAGGGGCAAAUAAUGUGUUUAGUAAAAGUUGAUAGUGAUAGGUAACUGACAAUAAUAAUUAUUGUUUUCAAUUUCUAUUGGCACAACAGAAAAAAAAGUUGAAUGGAAAGUUUGGGGAAAGCACAUCUGCCACUGCAUAAAGAACGUUGGAAGCCUUUGAGUCAAAUGGACAACAGUCUCAAAUAUGGUUGUAUUUUGUAAGGGGCAAUGAAAUUGUAGCCUGUGUCGCGGAUCUACAUGUAAUGUAACCCCAGUUAGUAAUGUCUGUGAAGCAGCGCUAAGAUCCUUGUUCGGGGCCCCCUACAGACUCAGCGCAUUACUGGAAGUGCAUUUUGAAUUUCCUUUUAACGUGAUUGGCAAAUCAUGACAAGUACUCAAAUCCUGGUACAUUGGUGCUUGCCCAGAAUAAGACUAGUAUUUCAACAUACUGUUUCACGGAUGGACUUAACCAGAGUUUAGUUUCAUCUGUGGCGCAGGCUAUGACAUUGUUGUCCUUUACAUUUUUUAUGCCUGUUGCUAUAGACUGUGUUUACUUUUACAGGUGAAAUCUUCAUACUUCAGCUUCAAGGAUUCAAUGCAGUUGGUGUACUUCAUUGUGUAAACAGUGAACCAUAUGAUGUGUUUGGAGCUUGGCUAACAGAAAGAUACUAUAUUUCAGGCACAUUUGAAUUCAUGGAAAACGAUUCAUCUACUUCAGAGUUGUGGGCAAACUGUGCGUAUGGUUUUAGUGAAGACUAUCAAACAAAACUGGCCCGGGUUGUUAAUUACAAUUCUAGCUCUGUGAGAACUGUUCUUGUAGCCAGGCCAAGCGGCAAGUGUAGUUCACGACCUACCAAAGGUUCCUCAGCAUUGCAAAGAGAUGAUCAUAUUUGCUUGAUUUUUACCCAUGGCACAGUGACUUAUGUCCCCCAUCAGAUUGUCUUCAAAUGGCUUAAACUUGAAAAUGGAGAUUAUGCCACAAGGAAACUGUCCAUAAUUAGAAACAGCCAUACAAACAGUAGCUGCAUGGAAAGAGGCAGAAAAGGUGAAGUUGGCUAUGAACCAUGUUACACAGAAGAGGAACAUUGUAUCGAAACCAAUGCUCACAUUAUUGGCAUGAGCUUGUCACCAGAUCACCAAUUUCUCUAUGUCAAUUGUCGCCCUUGGCAACAGCAAGAUGGGAAAGAUAGAAUUGCUCCACGGCUAAUUGCUUCUCCUCCAGAAAUCUCCAGUGAAAUAACCUUGCGGGUUUACAGCUUGGCCACAUACAAACUUGUUGGUGUUCAUACUGGCCAUGAAGCAUAUACUCCUAAUGAUGGCUGCUUCUUUAUUUUUCUUAAUGUUGCAGACAAGUUUGUUGCAAGGUAAGACCUCCAUUUAGGGCGGUUUUCAUUUGAGUGUCGAAAAGUAAUUGGUUUUGCACUUUCUACACGAUGCGAUUGGCUUAAAAGAUUCGCGCCACCUUUUCAUCCAAUCAGAAGUAAAACCAAAGCCAAUUGUGACGCGCUCGCAAGCUUUGCGUCAGCCACAUGUAAUUACUUCGAGUUUUGAUUGGUUCAAUGUAUUGUCUGUGUCCUAUGUGAUUGGCCAGAGUAAUUACUUUGGUUUUGGUUUUACGACACUCAAACGAAAACCACUCUAUCGCACCAAAUAUUCCAAGAGCCAUACUCAGAAUAUAAUUCACAUUUAGGUCAAUCCAAAUAAACACAAUUGUUAAAAAGACACUUGAAUUCGAGCUUGCACUUUGGGUAAGCAGCGCCCUCAUUUUGAUUACCCCGGACCCACUUCUUUCCCUGACUUUAGUUAAUGAUUUUCUCAGAGGUUGACUUGCCUUGACACAGGGGCAGAUCGAGGGGGAGGGUGCAGGGAGUGUGCCCCCCCCCUCCCGAGAUGACCUACAGCUUUCUAAUACAACUGAUAUUCUGCAAAAAAAACAUUGUGGUUUAUUGGUGGUGAAGUAAAACAUCAGACAAGGUUGAAGAAUUUAUGUUAAGGUGACCAAACACAGUUUUGCAGGUAGUCAGCGGUAACUCGCGUGACGGCACGAGUUUUAAAUUAGACAUACAAACAUGGUGGAGAAAAAGCAAUGGUACACAAAAGACAAUUUCUCAAAAUCUACUCAUUAUUAAAAUUUUGUGAUAUUUGGCAGAAUUUUUACUUUUAUCGUAUUUUAAAUAAUGAGAACUUUAGAAGUUGAACAGACGAAUUUUAUGACACAUUUGAUAAUAACAGUACAAUUAUAUUAUUGAUUAUCUAAAAACCGUCUGUUAAAAUUUGGUCAAAUAAGUUUCAAAUAGUAAUGAUUAAUUGUAGUAAGCUGUGUGCAAGUUUAUAGGAAAAUCUAAUGAGGGAAUUUUAUGUAAACUGAGCAAAAGUGAAAUUGUAAGGUUGUAUUCAAUCGUUCAUGUUGCAUGGAAACAACGAAAACGUCACAUAUUACCUGUCAAUCAAAAUCUUUUGUCAGUAUAUUUUUCACUUGCCAAGUUUCAGCUUGUGAGCUGCAACCUUUUUCUUGCCAUGAUUUGGCAAGUGACAUAUACUCACAAACUGCUGAAACUGUGUUCAGCCAGCUUAAAUGCUGUAAAAAUGGUAGUUUGGCACGUCACGUCACCAGUCAGUUAUGCCAUUGCUUAGGGGUGCACCCCCUCCUAAGAAAAAUCCUGGAUCCACCCCUGUGACGCUUGCCCAAUGGGCAAGUAAGCUUCAAUUGUAACUCGCCCAGCAAGAGAAUCUGCUUGUCCUGGACUUAACCAGGUGGAACUAUUUUUUCAAGCUUAGCUAUUGAUCCAGAUGCCAUAAUUGAAACCUGGGGAUAGUAGAGCAUCUUCCUUUAACUUACAUUUAUCUUGUGGAUACAAUUUCACAUGAAUAGCAAAGUAUAGUUAAGCGUUUUACUGAGAUUUUCGUGAUUGUUAGGUAUUGCCAGACGAAAGAAAUUUUUUUUGUGUCCUACAUGUGUAGGUUGAAAUUGCUUUUACAAUCAUAUGUAUUAACUUCAUCAAUUUUUUAUAUCACUGAAUGGUGUUUUCAGUGAAAUUUUGUGAUACUUGUAUUUGGUAAUGAAUAUGUUUGGUUAACAGAUUCCAACAUCAUAUCGUUUAAACAUUCAAAACCAGGCUUUAUUCCAAACCUGAAUUUUUUUAUAUCAUAAUUACUCUAUUUCAGAACAUGAAGGUAAUAACAUUCUCUUUAAAUUAGCCCCCCAUCCCCACUCCUCUCAAAUAAGCCCCUCUCUCUAGUAAGCCACCCUUUUCAGGAGAAGAAAGUUUAUAAGCUCCCUUCUCUUUUAAAAGUGAUUGACGGUUUCAUAUAAAGGGGGUCAGGGCCCCUAGGUCUGCUACUUGCAUACCAUACAAAAAGGCAAGGAAAGGCUCAUAAGGCCAGAACUUAUUCUGGUUUCUGUAGCAUGAAGCGAUUAGAAAUAUUUCUUCUUCCUCUUGAUGUGAUGCCAGUCUGUCACAGGGUUUUCCCCCAUUACUAAAUUUGCCAGUGAGAGUUAAGUGUCUUGCCCAAGAACUAAACACGAUGACUCAGGCCAGGGUUUGAACCCAGACCUCUUGACCUGUAGUCCGAGGCCCAUAUCUUGAAAGUCCUGGUAACUUUACAGGCCCAAAUCAAAAUAAUAAAAUAAGAAUCUUACUAAUAACAGCAUGGAUCCUAGUUAAAAAAACAGUCCAAUUUGUGUUGUUAACCAAUAGGUUUACCUAAAAUGUGAUCAAAAAUGCUUUCAGGACCCUCUGAUUACCGGCACUUUUGAGAAACAGGCCAGACACAGUGAACCAUGGGAGUGCUAUCACGUCCAAUAAGUGUUCCAAAUUUGGUUUCAUGAUUAAUUUUCAAUGACAAUGUCCUCGGCUUCAGAGCUUGAAUGGUCACUGAUCAGUUUUGCUGGAUCAGACUCCACUUUAACUUGACGGGGAGGGGAUAAAAGAAAGAGUAGAUGGCGAGAAGGGUGAGAGGGUGCGAUAAUUCAAGGGAGGCGAUUAUUUUAAAAAUUUCCGUCUAAGGGGGCGAUUAUUCGAAGGAGGCGAUUAAUCAAGGGAUGGCUAUUAUUCAAGGAAAUACGGUCAUUAUUUUAUUGUUUUUAAUCUUCAGUGGAGCAGAGGAUCAUUGUGCUCAUGUUUGGGACAGACACUUUGGAACCAAGCUAGCCACUCUUAAAGGACACAGUAAUGUAGUGAACUGUGUUGCAUUCAACCCUGUGAACCAACAAAUGCUGGUCAGUGCGAGCGAUGAUCAGACUAUCAGAGUAUGGAGAUCCAGGCAGCUGUCCAAGCUACCGGUGAAUGAUUCAGUGGAGGUAGAAGAAAGUUACGAAGAAAUAAGCUUUGUGGAGGAGAGAUUUUUGAGAGAAACAAAUGUGUGAAUUAAUGCUAUGUAAAUGUAAUUAUUGAAUAGGGAGCUGAAGCAAAGUAGUUUUCAAGGGUUGACAUCUUCCGGAAUUGGACUUUUUGCAUCCUUGGGCAGUGGUUUAACCCAAUUUUUUUUGGUAAAUCGUCCCUAUAAGAGUAAAGACACGUAGCUAUACAAUUUUAGUAGCGUUUAGGCAUAUUAAAAGGGGAAAAGCCUUACUCCCGGUUGAUGUUCGUGAGGCCUU